GCCUUCCUCUCUAGACGCCUACGUCUUUGGUCACUUGGCUCCUGUCCUGAAGUCCAAACUGCCCAACGGGAAACUUCAGCAGCAUCUCAAGUCUCUGGACAACCUGAGCAACUUCUGCAGCAACGUGUUGCUGCUCUACUUCCCCCGGGACGGACGAGAGGGCGGUGCCGGUGCGAAGGCCUCCUCCUCCUCCUCCUCCUCUUCCUCUCCUCCUGACGGAGACUUUGACCACGUGCCCAACAAGCGGCGGAAGCAGCUGCUGUCGGCGCUGGCGGCGCUGGGCGCCAUGCUGGGCUACGCCCUGCUGACCGGCAUCGUGUCCGUCCAGCACGCCCAGCGGGACGCCCUGGAGGACCGCCGGACCCGCGGUAACCACGACGACGAGGACGAGGACGGGGACGGCUGAAGGCGUCUAAACCCCAAACAGAUGCAUCAUGGGACUUUAUGGGUGGAAGGAAAGAUGUUUAAGGAAAUAAUGAGUUCUCUGGUACAGAGCCAGCAGAUGUUAGUAUUACUGUUGGUGCUUUCACUCUAUAUUAAUGUUAAUAUUAUUAGUAAUAUUGAUAUUAAUAUAACCAGAUUCAAUAAAUAAAUCACCAAUAAUGUGAUAUGAUCACUGAUUGGCAAACUUGGUGACAAAAGGGUAAUGACAUAACAGCUGGUAAGUUCAGAAGAUUAUACACACACACACACACACACACACACACAGACAGAGAGAGACACACAGAGACA